AUGGGUCAAGGCUUUUCGCUGGCGACGCCGUCUGCGGGCUCUGCAGGCAUCGACAUACCUGAGCUGUCUGAUCUUGUAUAUGAGAAGAGCAUCGGCAAUGCGCGCUUCAUGAAGAGCAUUCGCGCGAGGCAUCACGAUGGCGUCGCUCUGGUCAAGGUGCUGGUCAAGCCGUACACCCCGAUGCCGCUGGAGAAGUACAAGCGCGACAUAGAGAAGCAACGCAGCGCCUUGGCCGACGUACCCAAUGCACUGGGCUACCACCGCAUCGUCGAAACUGAAACGAACGGAUACCUCGUCCGACAGUUUCUCUACAACUCCCUCUACGAUCGAAUGAGCACUCGACCGUUUCUGGAGGAUAUCGAGAAGAAAUGGCUGGCCUUCCAGCUGUUGUGUGCCUUGCGCGACUGCCAUGCUCGAGACAUCUACCACGGCGACAUCAAGACCGAAAACACGUUAGUCACCUCUUGGAACUGGCUGUAUCUUUCCGACUUCUCGGCCCCCUUCAAGCCGAUAAUGCUUCCGGACGACAACCCGGGUGACUUCUCAUACUAUUUUGACACGUCCGGCCGCCGGACGUGCUAUGUGGCCCCCGAACGCUUCGUUGCAGCCGAUGAGGUUAACAGCAAGGACGCCAAGCUCACGUGGGCCAUGGACGUCUUCAGCGCCGGCUGCGUCAUUGCCGAGAUGUUCCUGGAAUCUCCUAUUUUCACCCUCAGCCAGCUGUAUAAGUACCGCAAGGGUGAGUAUGACCCCGUCAUCUCGCAAAUCAGCCGCAUCCCGGAUAAGGACCUGCGCGACAUGAUAUCGCACAUGAUCCAGCUCGACCCGGAGCGCCGGUAUUCUGCGGAGCAGUACCUGGACUUUUGGAAGAAGAAGGUGUUCCCGGAGUACUUUUAUAACUUUCUUCACCAGUACAUGGAGUUGAUUACGGAUCCUUCCUCUGGGAACAGUCCCAUCUCGGGUGCGACGAGGAACUUGGGGGAAGCGGAUGAUCGCAUCGAUCGCGUUUUCCUCGAUUUUGACAAGAUCUCUUACUUUCUCGGUUAUCAGAACGACAAGCGCCCAAGCCAGGUCGAGCCCUUGGCUGGGAAGCUUGGACUGGGCCAUUUCCCUAUCCGCCUGAACAUACCGAAUCACGACCAAUACAUUACUGGGACAUCUGAACCGCCUGAAGAUGACGGGACUCUUAUCUUCUUGACGCUGGUUGUCUCUUCUCUCCGCAACACUGCGAGGGCGGCGCCAAAGAUCAGAGCCUGCGACGUUCUGCUUGCCUUUUCCGAGAGAAUCACGGACGAGGCAAAGCUGGAUCGAGUACUGCCCUACCUUAUGACGCUUCUUAACGACAAGUCUGAUUUGGUGGUGAUUGCAGCAUUGCGUUCGAUCGCUCAGCUGCUCCAUCUGGUACGAGUGGUAUCUCCUGUCAACUCACAUAUAUUCGUUGAGUAUAUCCUGCCUCGCUUUCAGAGCGCCUUGAUCGCGCCAAGUAGGCCACAAAGCUCGUUGGUGCGGGCAACUUACGCAUCUUGUCUCGGGAGUCUCGCAACAACAGCUGCUCGGUAUCUAGAGCUGGCGGCAACCCUGAAAGCCGACGGCACUUUGACUGUGGCUGACCCCGAGCUUGAGCCGGGGAUCGAGGCCGAGGCCGCCUUUGAUGGAAUUUUUGACGAUGCCCAGCGGGAACUUUACGAGAUGUUUGAGCUGCACACGAAAGCACUCGUGGAAGACCCAGAUGUCUGUGUCCGGCGCGCCUUUCUAACAUCUGUGCCUGACCUUUGCCUGUUUUUUGGCCCAGCAGAGGCUAACGACAUCCUCCUGACCCAUCUCAACACCUACUUGAACGAUCGGGACUGGAUGCUGAAGUGUGCCUUUUUUGAGACCAUAGUCAGCAUUGCCGGUGUGGUGGGAAGCGUCAGCCUCGAGGAGUUCAUGCUGCCGCUUAUGAUGCAAGCACUGACCGAUCCCGAGGAGUUCGUGGUACAGGCUGCUCUCCACUCCUUAGCACAGCUGGCACGGCUGGGACUCCUCUCAAAACCCAAGAUCUGGGAGCUGAUAGACGUCGCCGCAAGAUUUACGAUGCAUCCAAACCAAUGGAUCCGGGAAUCAGCAACAGAGUUCCUUUCCGAGACGACUCGCUUUCUAUCUCCGGCUGACGUUAGGUGCAUCGUGUAUCCCUUGGUCAAGCAAUACCUAAAAACAGGCAUGGUGCCUAACUUCUCGGAGCUCAGCUUGCUGGAUGCUCUGAAGCGGCCGUUGUCAAGGGCCGUCUUUGAUCAGGCCGUGGUUUGGGCACUCAAGACCGACAAGGGUGUAUUUUGGAAAAUGUCACAGCAGCUUCGUUCCUUCUCUUUUGGGUCGCUUCCGAAGACUAUCACCAGCAGGUCGUCUAAGGACACACUGAGCAAAAUCAAUCGGAACGAUGAGGACGAGCUAUGGCUUGGACGGCUGCGAAAUCUUGGACUCGGGCCCGAUGAUGAGUUCAAGCUCCUCGUCCUGCGGGAAUUUAUAUGGCGUAUCAGCACAAUGAAGUCGCGGGAUGUCAAGGAUAAUGAACCGGCAAAGCUCAACGAGGUGAUAUCCCUAAAGAGCCUUGGUAUUACUCCACAAACGGUCUUCUUCGACGACGAAGAACCACUACAGCAGUCGACGUUCUCUUCGGACACGGCACAAAAGAGUCCCUACACGAUUGCGGAUGCUCUGCUGGAUGCGUCUAUGACUAUCGACGACUCAACAGGGAGGAGACGGUUUGCGGCGCUAAACAGUCUACGCACCCGUGUUGUAGAGGACAGAGGCCCCUCUUCGCGCGACGCUUCUAGAGCCAGAUCGAUCGACCCCUCGAGAAGGGUAUCAACCGGACAGGCUAAGCUGACAGUCGGGAGCCCGACCGAUGAUGGAGGCUCGGUUCACGACCAACCGUACUCAUCUCGCAGGGCGAUCCGCCACCAGACGAGCGCCCUGAGCCUUCUAGAUCGAAAGGACAGUAACAAGAGCGUGCCAGAAACCGGGAUGUCCGGCACCAAUGCAUUCGGUCAGGUCGAGGGCCCCUUUGCCCAGGCCCCGCUUGCUCGACCAAACGCACAGGAUCGUCGAACCAGCACUGCAAGCACUAUAGCAAAGCUAAGGCCCAACCACUCCUACGAAGGCACGGAUCCCAGCAUUCUCAAGAUGCUCGACUCAAUGUACCAGGAUAACUACCCGCACGACAUUGUCGAGUUCGGGCCAAUGGUCACUCCCAUUACUCGCCGCAGGACGAACCGUUCUGUAGGCCAGCCGGGUGACGAGCCAUGGCGCCCACAAGGGCGGAUGGUUGCCACGUUUGCUGAACACACCGGCGCCAUCAACCGUCUGGUGGUAUCGCCAGACCACGUCUUCUUCAUCACAGGAGGCGACGAUGGAACUGUCAAGGUCUGGGAUAGCGCCCGCCUCGAGAAGAACAUUACGCAUCGAUCAAGGCAGACCCACAAACAUGCCGAUGGGGUUAGAGUGCUUGCACUGUGCUUCAUCGAGAACACGCACUGCUUCAUCAGCUGCGCAAGUGAUGGGAGCGUCCAUAUUGUCAAAGUGGAGACUGUCGCAGCGAGCGGCACCUUGCGGUAUGGGAAACUCCGUCUUCUCCGGGAGUACCAGUUGCCGGAAGAUGAGUAUGCAGUGUGGUGCGAGCACUUCAAGAUCGACUCAACGUCAGUCAUGUUGCUCGCAACAAACCGAUCCCGAAUCUUGGGCAUCGAUCUCCGCACCAUGUCUUUACUGUACACGCUAGAGAACCCCGUUCAUCAUGGGACGCCCACGUGCUUCUGUGUGGACCGUAAGAGGAACUGGCUAUGCGUCGGUACAACACAUGGAGUCCUCGACCUGUGGGACCUGAGAUUCCGCAUGAGGCUCAAGGGUUGGGGUGUUCCCGGUAAGAGCUCGAUCUACAGGCUCUGCAUCCAUCCCAGUAAGGGACGAGGCAAGUGGGUAUGUGUGGCCGGCGGGACAGGACAGGGUGAGGUCACAGUAUGGGACCUCGAGCGUACAAUCUGCAGGGAGAUAUACCGCGUUGGAGGCAACAAGGAGGGCCCUAAGGGCUACGAGCCCUGGGACGUGGACGAGGACAAACCGGAGGGUAUGCUUGGGCGGUUCGCUACCAAUAUUGAGCCGAGCGGCACCGGGAACACGGAUCGUGGUGUUCGUGCCAUGAUGGCGGGCACUGGCGCCUCCGAGGACUCGCGCGACGUACGGCACGCGUUCAUCGUCACAGGCGGGUCGGACAAGAAGCUUCGUUUCUGGGACUUAUCCCGAAUCGAGAGCUCGAUUGUCUAUAGCGGAUUGCUUGGGGAAGAUCCGAAACCAACAUUUACGGCAUCCCACCCGACGACGACGAUGACGCUCAAUACGGAAAGGAUUCCCAGGCAAGCGCCAACGGCGCCAAACGCUGCCGUGGGCGGAAAGGGUGUCACAGGCAGCGGAAGGCCGCCACGGUCUACGGUCAUUUCGCUUCAGCAGCAGCAGCUUCUGCGAUCUCACCUAGACUCCAUCAUGGAUGUUGCCUUGCUAGAGCUGCCGUAUAGCAUGACGCUCUCCGUGGACCGGUCCGGAGUGGUGUUUGUGUUUUCAUAG